AGACAUCUGCGGUUCGAUUGGUAACAGUAAAUCCCCAAAAUCCCAUGAACUGCCUACUAUUUAUGCCAGAUCGUCAGCGUGCUGGCACGUGAGCUCUUAUACUCGUUGCUUCUUGGAAAACCCAUGAAAAGGAAACAAAAGCCAAAAGAAAACGAGGAGACAGCUAAUCUGAUGUCAGUCAACAGUGAUGUGGUGUGGGGCAGCUCAUCAGGUACAUUGAACUGUUCAUAGGCAUUGACUGAGAAAGAACUAACGAGGAAACAAAUGUGAACAAAUUGCAGAAAUCUGGAAGGAAAAAGAAGCGUUUAGAGGAAGAUGAGGGCGAAAAAGGGAGCAAAAGAGUCCACGAUGGAUUGAUUAGCCUUUCUAGCACAUUCAUAGCUAUGACAAAUGAUGAUGGAUAAUUAUGAGAGAAGCCGCCUCGCAGGAUCCCAUGAAGAUUCGCUGAAAUGUUUGCAUUUAAGUACACAUUCAGGCUACCUGAGAUUUAGCGUUUCAUUCUGUGCUCAGUACGAAAAAUAAGAGAACGAGCUAGUGCCGGCGGUUUCUUACUUGUUGACUAUAUUUCGUGCAGCGGAAGUCCAGGGUUGACGAAUAUUAUAUUUGUUUUGAUCUGGGUCUCUCAGAGUUUUGCUUGAUUUUCAUAGCCACUUCAGUUUUGGUCAAUUGGGGGAUUGGAAGUAUCGGUGCUUAGUGCAACUAGGGUUUGGAUGAAUACUGCUUAUUGGGGUUAGACACGGUCUUCUUGUUCGUUCUGGGUGUCCUGAGAGAUUUGUUUAUUUUUUAUAUCCCUUGCUUUUAGGUCAAGAAGGGACGGGAGAAAUACAUUUUUUUGGGGUGCUUAUGUUAUUCAGGGUUUGGGUGUAUACUGUUGUUGGGAUCUUACUUUGACUCUUUGUUUAGUGCGCUCUCUGAAAAUUGAUUUAAUGCGCUGUACAGUUGGUUCUGAAGACAUUCGCUUCAUAUUCUGAUACUAACUUUAUAUUUUGGUGCCCACUUCAUGUUAGGUGAACUAGGGUUUUUAUAGAUACCGGUUUAUUGUGACCGGUUAUUAAUCAGGGUUUGACUUUUAGGGGUGAAUUUUUGAAUUUCAGCCGUCUGAAGGUCAAAGGAUUUGACUGUGAGGAUCAAUUGGCGGGCUCUUGGGUUUAUCUAGAGGUAUUUUCUAUGUGGGGAUUCUAUAUUAAUUUCUGAGCGUCUUUUAAUUUUCAUGGGCAAUACAUGCCGGGGAUCUUUGGAAAACAUAUAUAGUCAGGGCUACAAAGAGCCCUCCGAUCGCUCUAGGAGAAACAGUAACAUAAAUAACAGUAGUGAACACAAUACAAGCAGGACUGACUCUACUUCUGAUCUUUCAGCUAAUAGUUUGACAUUGCGUUUGAUCUCAAACGAUUUUGGCAAAGAAAGUUUUAAUAAGCCAUCAAAGAAACAAGAGGUGGUUAAAACCAAUCAAAAUCAGAAUCAGAAUCAGAAUAAGUCUGAUUUGCCGAACCCCAAGGAGGACAACAUGAAAAGGGGGGACAAUAUUUCCUAUUAUGUGCUGGGUCACCGCACGGCGAGUCUUAGGGAUCUUUAUGUGCUGGGACGAAAACUGGGCCAGGGUCAAUUUGGGACAACUUAUUUGUGUACUGAGAUUUCUACUGGCAAAGAAUAUGCUUGCAAAUCUAUUCCCAAAAGGAAAUUGAUUUCCAAGGAGGAUGUUGAGGAUGUGAGACGAGAGAUUCAGAUCAUGCACCAUUUGUCCGGGCAUCCUAAUGUUGUGACCAUUAAAGGGGCUUAUGAGGAUUCAGUACAUGUGCAUAUUGUCAUGGAGCUAUGUGCUGGGGGUGAGCUUUUUGACCGGAUAAUACAGAGAGGACAUUUUAGCGAACGGAAGGCAGCUGAGUUGACCCGGAUUAUUGUGGGUGUUGUUGAGGCCUGCCAUUCAUUGGGUGUUAUGCACCGGGAUCUAAAGCCUGAGAAUUUUUUGGUUGUAAACAAGGAUGAUGAUUCAUCGUUGAAGGCAAUUGAUUUCGGGCUAUCAGUUUUUUUCAAACCUGGCCAGGUGUUCUGUGAUGUUGUUGGAAGUCCAUACUAUGUUGCUCCAGAAGUUUUAUGCAAGCAGUAUGGUCCACAGGCAGACGUGUGGACAGCUGGAGUCAUUCUAUACAUAUUACUUAGUGGAGUUCCACCAUUUUGGGCAGAAACCCAACAGGGAAUUUUUGAUGCUGUUCUACGAGGCCACAUUGAUUUUGAUUCAGAACCUUGGCCUUCAAUUUCUGAGAGUGCCAAGGAUCUUAUCAGGAAAAUGCUUACCAAAGACCCAAGUCAGCGCAUCCAUGCACAUGAAGUUCUAUGUCACCCUUGGAUAUGUAAAGAUGGUGUUGCUCCAGAUAAAGCUUUGGAUCCGGCCGUGUUGUCCCGCCUAAAACAAUUCUCUGCAAUGAAUAAAUUGAAGAAGAUGGCUCUUAUGGUAAUAGCUCAAAGUUUGUCAGAGGAAGAGAUUGCUGGUUUGAGAGAGAUGUUCAAGACUAUGGACACGGAUAAUAGUGGUUCAAUUACUUUUGACGAGCUGAAGGCCGGACUGAAAAGAUAUGGAUCUAACAUGAAAGAAUCAGAGAUCCGUGCUCUAAUGGAUGCGGCUGAUGUAGACAAUAGUGGUACCAUUGAUUAUGGAGAGUUCAUUGCUGCAACUUUUCAUUUGAACAAACUGGAGCGUGAAGAGACUUUAUUUACUGCCUUUUCAUACUUUGAUAAAGAUGCAAGUGGUUAUAUCACAGUAGAUGAACUCCAGCAAGCAUGUUUAGACAACAAUAUGAAUGAUGUUCCUAUUGAUGAGAUCAUUCGCGAAGUCGACCAAGACAAUGAUGGGCGCAUAGAUUAUAAUGAGUUUGUUGCUAUGAUGCGAAAGGGCAAUGGAGGUAUUGGUAGGAGAACAAUGAGGAACAGCUUGAAUGUCAGUAUGAAGGAUGCUUUUCCAGUUGGUUAGCCCAUAUCUCAUCAAUUUUUGGUGUGAAGCCAUUCACUAAGAAAUAUGUAACCGCACAUUUUUCUGUUCUUUGUCUAAUUUACUUUUGAGCAUGGUGCGAAAUUGAGAUUGUAAUUGGGAGGUUUAUUAGAUGGUUCACUUUACACGAUGUACAUGUGUAGAUUGUAUUCUUAUUAAGUGCUACUUGAACAUGGUCAUUGAAAGGAUUUGUUUUACAAGCUUUCAGCUGUUGGCCUAUUCUCAUGAAUGGUGAGGGAAUUUUUUAAUGAUGCAUUUUCACA